AGUGGACAAUAGAAAGGCAUGCAUGCAAUCCGCCCAUUGAAAGGCAAUGCAUACGAACUGAAACGAACCAUAAUCUGAGAAUCGUUGGCAUCAUUCUAGAUCCUUAGGAGUAUCGGAAUUUUCCAAAAAUCCAACAAACGUUAAGUAUGCUACAUACUAAUGGUAAUCAUAUUCGAUGAGAAGGAUAAAAAGCAAUGAAUAUAAACUUUGAUUCGAUCAGCAAAAUAAUAUUCAGUUUCAUAAAUAAUUGUCAAGACCUUACUUAACACAGGAUUUUUUCUAUUCAAUUUACUGUUUAGCGCGUCGCUACACUACCGUCUUAUUUCUUAUAAGCAAAUCAGUAUCCUUCUUUAAUUCAAUUACGAUCUCGGAGCGAUUCAGUAAACCAAAAGGAAAGACUUGGUUUCUGCCAAAUUGCAGGUUUCUUGGAAAUACGUGCAUGAAUGAGCAUAUUGGUGCUAUUGAAAGUAUAAAGGGGGAAAUUCAUACAUUACCAAAAGAAGUAUUCUCCCGCUUGUCCUUUAGCUACCUGAAAAGAACCAUUCGCUUGCAUCAUGAAGCGUAGAGCUGUUUUAGAAGCAUUUCAAAGGUCCGACGAUGAAAAUGAAGAUGUUCUAGAAAACCCUCAGUUUAUUACUGGACUUAACACAGAAGGUGACAUUGAAUACAAAAGCAAGGAGAUUCAGCAAGCUCAUAUAGAAAAAAGAACUCCAAAGAUCAUUCAUGUUCCCACAAAUAAAAGCUGGCUAGAAGAAAGGAAGAAAAGACUUGAGCACCAAGCCCUUCAAAAAGAAAAAGAAAAUGCUCCAGAACGACUCCCUGAAAUUGGUUUGAACUAUGGUCUUAAUGUGAAACAGUCUGCAGUGGAUUCAACCAAACCAAGAGAUGCAGAUAAUUCAGCUAGCCUUGAACUAGAAACAAACCGAAUUGAAGGUUCUGAGCCAAAUGCAACUGUUCUUUCACAACAAAAUGCAUCUGCAGAUCGAGAGGAUUCCUCUGAACUUCCCUUGGAAGUGAAAAUGAUUUUGGAAAACCAAAAUAGUGAGAAUGUACUUUCAGGCACAUCUCAAGCAAAAAUCAUCUCCAACCAAGCGGUGAAUGAGCGCGAAAUGUAUAAUCGUGAUGUCGAAUUGCUGCCGAAUUCUUCUGAUUUAAAGGAUUAUACCGACAUACCAGUAGAAGAUUUUGGUGCUGCAAUGCUUCGGGGUAUGGGUUGGAAUGGCAAACUUUCUUCAAAAGAUGCUUUUGAAGUAAAUCGCCGUCCAACAUUUCUUGGAAUGGGUGCAAAGCCCAUGGAUUUAGGAGUUCCUGAAGUGGGAAGUUGGGGAAAACAGGAUCCAAAAAAGACAAUGUUUUUGCCUGUAAAGGCUGUUGGCGAUAAUACAUCGAGCACGAGCAAUCAUGCUAACCCAGUAGAUCGUUCACAUUCUUCCUCUUCUGUUUCUUCUUACAGAGAUAGCAAAAUGACUUCUACUUCUUCUUCUUCUUCUCGUAGAACGGCAAGAAGUCCUUCUCCUUUGCGAUCGUCUCGACAUCGAAACUACUCUUCGUCAGGUCGUGAAAGGACGCGUAAUCGUGAUAGAUAUAGUUACCACAGACAUCGCGGUAGAGAUGAAAAGGAUGAUUUUGAUUAUGGUUAUGAAGAAAGAAGAAGACGAGAUGGAAUGUCGGAUUUGGAUUAUCGGCGAAAACGAAGAUAAUUGAAACAAUAAAACGUUUAGCAACUAUCGAAGGUUAGGUAGAAAUAGCUUGGCUUGGCAUUGACUUUCCAUACCUUGCUCGUAACAAAAAACCCUUUUUUUUUUUUCCUUCAUCAUGAUUGUUUACGUUUAUGAAUAAAAAGAUAUUUAUGCUAACUCGUA